AUGGUGCGUCGGCGGCACGAUGCUGCACGAAAGGAGCUUGUGACAAAAUUAGCAGGUGCUACAUCAAUUGCUAUCACAACGGGUGCGUGGACAUCGAAGGCUGUGGUCUCCUUUGUAACGUACACGAGCCACUAUGUCACGGACGACUGGAAACUGGUGUCGCACGUUCUUGAGACCAAGCGCUUCAACGGGAGUCACACAGCGGAAACCCUUGCUGCCAGCACAGAAGCAGUUCUUAGCAGAUUCAACAUUGCGCAUGACACUGUGCAGUGCUUAGUCCAUGAUGAAGCACCAAACCAGAUGGCAGCGAGCAGACUUCUUCGCAGCCAACAUCACUGGGAUUACCAAGCUUGCGCUGCCCAUCGGUUGCAAACCUGCAUCAGGCAUGCUAUAACAGCAUCAAGGCCUGUCACGAAACUGCUGGCUUCUUCCAGGCAACUUGUUGGUCACUUCAGCCACAGUGCCAAGAGCACAGAGGCGCUAAACAACAAGCAAGUAGCUAUGGCGUCAGCUAGCAAGUCUGGCACUCCUCUACGAGUCAUCCAGGAUGUUCCAACGCGAUGGAACAGCUCCUUUCUGAUGCUCCAGCGCCUGAUUCACCUGAGGCUGCCAAUCAUGGCGGUUUUGGAAGACCCCAAGCUGACCAAGAGCUCCCAUCGGCACCUGCAGUUGAAGGACCACCAGUGGAAUCUCGCCAAGGAGAUAGUGGCAGCACUGGAGGCACCAGCAAAGGCUACCACUGUUCUUGGUGGGGAAACCUACUGUACACAGACGUUGGUGGUGCCGGUGGCCAAGUCUUUGCUACGUGGUCUUCCACUGGAUCCCAGGUCACGGAGCCUCGGAUUCUUGGACAGUGACGAAGACAAGGACGAGUUGAAGUCAGAGAUUGUUCGCCGGGUGUGUGCUCAAAUCACUGCCGACAGCAAUGGGAGCAGCUCUGAUGACGAAUGUAUUCUGGAGCCACCUGCCAAGCGACCUAUGGAAGAGGACAUGUCGUUGUUCUUCGCGUGCCCUAGCGUCGAGCCAUCCACAACUUCAUCGGCAGCAUCGGAUUGUGAGGUGGAGGUAACCCAAUUCUUCACGGAGAAACAAGUAGGCUCAUCUGUGGACCCACUCGAUUGGUGGAGGACGAAUGCGGACAGGUUUCCCACCAUGGCAAGGUUGGCAAAGCGCGUGCUGUGCAUACCUGCCACCUCUGUGCCGUCGGAGCGAGUAUUUUCAGCGGCUGGCAUCAUUGUCAGCAAACUACGAGCAAGUCUAACGCACGAGAACGUUGAUGCACUCGUCUUCCUUCAUGCAAACAGUGGUCUUCAGGCAGCAAGAACUGCUGCCCCUGUGGCGGUCCAGCAGUUGAUGCCACGGCUUGAGAGGUUUGCAGAGGAAGAAGCCGAUGACUUGCCUCCUUUGCCUGACCUGUAG